CGCAGACCAGGCCGCUUCAAACAGUGAAAAAUCACUCACUAUUUAGCAGGAAAGGUGAUUCCAGCGCGCCAACCAAUUGAAUUGGUGAUCUCACAAUCUGGCAAAAAGAAGGGGAGGGUUCGGCCGUGGAAUCUAUCUGAGUUGCCUGCAAACGGAGGCUGAGACUGGGGAGAGCGGCAGACGAAAUAAGCUAUAUAUAUUUAACAAAGCAGCGGGUAAGCGACACGAAAUAUUGAUAAGGGAAUAUGGUCACAGGAAAUCACUGAAAGAUAUAUUGGAACCAGUAUGAAGAGGAGCAGUGAGCGGAGGUAGGAUCGGCAAUGAUGCCUGCAAGCAGAAUAGAGGAACCUGGGAUUGAACCUUGUCUCGGCAGCUCCUUGAAAACCCAUCUGUACAUCUAGCAUCCUCCCUGGGAAACGCUACUGUAUGCAGCCAGUCUGCAUGUUGGAUUAAAGAAAAUUAGCUUUCUCUUGCUGUAGUCUCCUCACAGUAUUGGUUAUUAUUGAUAUUUCACCCUAGUCUGGCAGCUUUGCUGCUCAUCUAAACACAGAUGAAUGAAGACCCCAUUUGGGAAGACAUCAGGCCAGAGAUCCAGAGCUGAUGCAGUUUUUGCUGCAAACGUGGAGUUCCAGUGUGUUUCGGUGGGCCAUUAUACACUCACAACUACAGAGGCUCUCAAACGGAGGUCAAACAGACAUGUUUAAUUUCCCUCUCUGGAUGUCGGAUGCUGGUUGAUCCCGUUUUGGAGUACAGAUUGUAUUCUGUACAUAUUUAGAGGGGAACUCUCGACCACACUACAAAGUUCUGUGUGAUGCUGAUAUACCUUGAUGUGGUGUGCAGUUUAUUCACCCCUGGCGUUCAUAUUUCUUCAAUUUUAGGGCACACAGGUGUUUCUGCAAGUAUGAUGAAGAAAAAAGGUUCCCACAAAAAGCAUCGCAACAAUGUGGGGCCCAGCAAGCCUGUUUCUCAGCCCCGGCGGAAUAUUGUUGGGUGUAGAAUACAACAUGGUUGGAAAGAAGGAAGUGGACCUGUAACACAAUGGAAGGGAACCGUUCUAGAUCAGGUUCCAGUUAACCCCUCUCUCUACUUGAUUAAAUACGAUGGAUUUGACUGUGUCUAUGGACUUGAGCUUCACAAAGAUGACAGGGUUCAAGGUCUUGAGGUUCUGCCAGACAGAAUAGCCUCUUCUCGAAUCAGUGACGCACACCUAGCAGAUACAAUGAUUGGCAAAGCUGUGGAGCACAUGUUUGAAACAGAAGACGGAUCAAAAGAUGAAUGGAGGGGCAUGGUUCUAGCCCGCGCUCCAAUUAUGAACACAUGGUUUUAUAUCACUUAUGAAAAGGAUCCUGUUUUAUACAUGUACCAACUCCUAGAUGAUUAUAAAGAGGGUGACCUGCGGAUAAUGCCAGACUCCAAUGACUCGCCUCCUGCUGAGCGAGAGCCCGGAGAGGUUGUUGACAGUCUUGUGGGGAAGCAAGUGGAAUAUGCCAAAGAAGAUGGCUCUAAAAGGACUGGCAUGGUCAUCCAUCAGGUGGAAGCCAAACCAUCGGUUUAUUUCAUCAAGUUUGAUGACGAUUUCCACAUUUACGUCUAUGAUUUAGUAAAAACAUCUUAGGCUUCCUUUAAAAGAAGAAAGAAAAAAACUUUGCCAAAUGUUUUGAACUUUUCUCUGGACAACUUGAGGGGACAAAAUGGAUAUAUUGCUUUCCAGGCUCAUAGAAGCAUGCUGUUUCCGCCAGCCCACAAUCCCUGCCAUCCAGCAUAGCUUUAUUUCUAUCCUUUUCCUUUUUAUUUGGGGGGGUGUGAUGGCACUGCCCAACAUAACGAUGUUAAACACAUUGGACAGAGGAACACGCCUCGGGAGGAUGCAGUCUUCACACGUUGUUUUAAGUUAAGUUCAUUCUUCAAGAUGUAUCUGUACUAGAUAAACCACUCCAAGAACAGAAAAAGCAGACAGAAGAUAACCAGACAGCAAGUAACCUUGGGAGAAUUUAUUCUGGCAAAUCAAGAGGAACCUUUUAGUUUUUGUUAAUUAUGAUUUUCAGUUUUGUUUGUUUUGUUUUUUUCUCUUUUUAAAUGUGAUUGUUUGACAUAUUUAAAACCACGUCCUUAAAGGAUUAAAAAGAUCUAAUGUGGAAGCUUGCAAUUUGUAUUGGAUAAAAGCUAAUUUUUAAACCUUUUUCUGAAUGCAUACACACUUCCAUAUAAAUUUAAUAACUGUUAGGUUUGUUACAUCAGUUUAAAUUAUUUGCUGGUGUAAUAUUUUGCCUUAAUUCACCUUGAAUUUGUAGAAAAUACCUUUUUUUUUGUCUUUACAAAAUAUCCUACUUGCCUUGAAAUUUUCAGUGCAGUUCUGUUUUAAAAUAAAUAAAUAAAUAAUCAAACAUCUCUGGUUAAAACCAAUUUGGAAGGUUAAUUUCUAGUAUGUAUUUAGUGUAAUUUGCACCAUUCUAUUUCUGAAAGUUCAAAAAAAAAAAAAAGUAUAAUAAAAGGGGUAUACAUUAAAUAAUUCCACAUAUCUCACCUGUCAUGUCCUGUCAUACUUCCAUUUGGUCAUUAUUAGAUACAUUUGAUGAUAUUAGAUAUGCAGUUUUGAAACAAGCACGUUAUAGCAAACCUGUAUCACGAAAGCAGGUAACCACACUGGAUUAAAGAAAGCUGUUUGUAUGCCUUGCUUCAAGACAGCUUCCCUUCCCAGGUCAGUGUUUCAGUAUCAGGGCAUUUAACAUCAAGAAUACCUGCAAGUACGGCAUGCAAACUGCUUUCCUUAACCUAGUAUGGUACCGGAUACCAUUUAAAAUAAAAAUACUUUUUUAGGCUAGUUUAACAAGUGUUCUUUUAAAACUGCUUGGUCCCUGUUUUAGUUUUUGAACCCACAAAAAAAUGCACUCAUCUAGAAUAGCUUUUUUUUUUUUUUAAACAAUAAUCAUUGGAGCAAUAAAGGUAAUUAUAAAAAGCCUGCAGGUCAAUGUAAAGCUGUCUGAUAUUCUUUAGCAAAUACGGAAUCACCGGAUGCCCUCAGAAUUGAGUGUUUGUUUAUUAUCAUUUGGAAUCUGUUGUUUAUGACCCUUUUUCUGUUUUGCCGGAUUACUAUUUGAGCCUUAAGGAGCGUGCCUCAUUACUCUGUUAAAUGGUAAAUAAACAUUGCAGUAUUGGUACAGUAGUAUCAUUUUUCAGUGCAUUCCCAUCACGUUGUAUUUUACAGUAUGUAAAAUGGGUAACCAAAGGCAGGUCAAUUGAUUCUCAUGAACAUUUAUAAAGCACUAAAUAUCCAUGUUGUAAAUGUGAUUCAUUGUAUUCAGGACAGUGUUGAAUCUUGAAAUUCAUCCCCUGCAUCCUGCUGUUUGUCAAGGUUUUUUUUUUUUCUAGGGGGUGGGAGUGGGGGGGGAUUAUUAUUAUUGUUAUUUUUAUUAUUAUUAUUUUUUAAUGACGCUAAAAAUACUCGUGUGAAUCUCCAACCUGAGCCUUUUGAGAUGAAGCUCAAUGUUAUUCGUAGCAUUUAAGUGGAUAUUAAGCAACAGAACAACUUAAUGGUUACGUUUCAGAAUAAUACUUGAAACAAAGCCUGCUUGUCUGCUUGAGUUAAGGUAGUCAUUCAGAAUAUUUGCAGUCCAUUGUGAGAUAUUACUGUAUUGAUACGUGAGUAUUACAAUAUUUACACAGUACUUACUUUACAAAGCAAGGUUCUUUGUAUUCCCUUAACCCGACCCCCUUGUUAUGCUGCUUCUUGCUUACUGUACAGUAAAUAUAAAUGGAUCCUGCUGAUGUAUACCUUCAGUCACUCCUGGAUACUAAAUCUAUUUCUAGUGACAACUGGUUUAUUUAGUAUACGGAAUUUGUAGUCCCUGUCCAUCUGCUUUGGGCUCAGGUUUCAGAUCUGUAUGCAGUUCUUGUGUUACCUUGGUAACUAAAUGCAAGUCCCUUGUUACAGGGAUUCCAUGUUACUUUCCGGAAGUCUUGGGGCUUUUAACAGUGCAAGUCUAAAAUAUAUAGUAUAUAUAUAUAUUUUAAUGUAUGGAAUUAUUGGCCUUUUUCAUUUACCUACUGUAGUAUUGUUGUACUGUGUUUGAUGUCCGGUCCAUGUUGGAAGCUUUUAAAUACAGACAAUUAUUUUUGCAUGCUUAGUUCAGGUAGCGCAGUUAAUGUAACUAGUGAGUUGCAUGUUAAACAGGAUUUUUAUUUGUUUUUUGUUUAAUUUACUUUUAUUUUAUGUCCUUUUGUAUCUUAUUGUGCUUUUUUAUGAUUCUUGGUAGGAUCAAAUGCACUGGUGAUGCAAGCAAAGUGCCAACUAAGGCCAGUGGUAUGUGUGUGUCAUACAGCAUUUGAGGGACCAUAGAUGUUCACUGAUAAAAACUGGUAGUAUGAAAAAAAUGAUGUAUUCUUUUGAGUGCCAAAAUCAAAGACGACAAAAAUACUGAAAUAGUCGAACAAGAAUUAUAUUAAAAAAAAAUAAAAAUAAAAAAUCAUUAAGUUUUAAAUUACAUAUCAGAAUAAAUGACUUUGCAUUUUGUUUUUUUGUUUUGUUUUUAGAACUUGCAAAAAUGAAAGAUAGUGGCAAAAUAUAUCCCAAUUUGGUUCCUUUAAGAUGCUGUUUUUUUUUUUGUGUGUAAUUAUACAGUGUAGUUUUAUGGUUACAGAUACAUGUGGAGUUCAAUGGUCUUCAUGUUCUCUUUUGCGUCUAGAUAAAUGGCUUCAAUUUGGCCACUUGUUUUUUUUUGUUUGUUUAGUUUUUUAACAAUGUAGAUAGUUCAUAUCCUUUGCAUUUAGAAAUAUAAACACACUUUUAAAAAAAAAAUAUUACUUAAUUCUGUAAGUAAUUUUUUUUUAUAAUUAUGAUGUAACUCUAUCCUUAUAACAUUAAAAAAAAUAAAAACUUAAUGUGCAGUUCAGUGUUGGAAACGUUUAUGAUUUAGUUGAAUUACAUGCUGUCUUGGUUAUGUCCACAGAAAAACUCCACACUAUGAGCAAAGACAAAGCUGUUCACAUAAUGAAAACAAUUAUUGGUUAGUGAAUUGAUACAUUUUUCAAGGCUAAAUGUGUUAAGGUAAGUACGUAUUAAUCGCUUGAAUGAAAGGUAGGCUAACUCAAUGUGGUGAGAACAUGGACUGUGUUUACCAUUCCCUCCUUACAAGAGCUGCGUGGGAUUAUUUUCCCAUCAAACUUUACUCUUGUGGACUGUAUACAUUUAAUUUUUUGGGGCAGUUGUAUUAAUGGGUGGGACAAAAAUGUUCUUGCACCAUCCAACAUAUUGUAUUUUCUUUACCCCUCUGGGUUUAAGACCGGGAGGUUUUCCACAAUCUAGGAACAUAUUUUGAAGUUAGUCUUGUGUUAUAAUAAUGCCUGAGUUCCUUUAGUACACAUAAAAAUAAUUACAAGAUGGUUACAAUUUGCACAUUUAACAAAGGAGGUCAUAUUUAAAACUUAUAAUAGAUAUCUUUCAUACAGCAACGUGUCUGUUAAUGCCGUCUCAUCCAGCAAUAUGUUGUCAAACCUCUAUCUGUCUUUCUAGUUGGUCCAUUAUAAUCUCAAUUCAGUUCAAUGAUUCUCAUGUUUUGCUGAUGCAUAUCUUAAUUUUAAUAAAAGUAACCCUGGAAGUACCCUUGAUAAUUUACCAGAGUUCAGAAUUUGAAAAAAAAAAAAAGUAUUCUAUCACAGUACCAGUAACAAGCAAAGUAGGACUUUUGCACAUGUGUCCAAUGUCUUGUAAAGAAAACCUGAUCUACUAAAAUUGUUCAGUUGCAGAAAAUGGCAGUGUAUCUUUGUUAAUUCAAAUGUAAUAUUUCCUAAUGAUGUUCAUCUGCCUAUUUCUGCUGUGUGUGUACUCUAAAUAUGUUUUGUUUAAAAUGCUGUUCAUCUCAUUGUAAUUGAAUUACAAUUUUAUCCUUAAUAAAUACAUGCUUACAACCUGCACUCCAA